GCAAUAUGGCCCGCAGUCUGGUGCUGAUCUCGCUCGCCGCGAGCGCCUCGGCGCUCGUCGCUCCCGUCCCGGCUGCCAAGAGCGCCGUGGCGAUGAACUACCAGGCGUCCGAGGCGCUUCCCUUCAUGGAGAAGCCCGAGGCGCUCGACGGCACCUACGCCGGCGACGUCGGCUUCGAUCCGUUUGGCUUCACGUCGAUCUUCGACGUCAAGUGGCUGCGCGAGGCGGAGAUCAAGCACGGCCGCAUCUGCAUGCUCGCGUGGACGGGCUUCGUCGCGACGGACCUCGGCUUCACGCUCCCCGGCGACAUGCACCAGGUGUCCUCCGUGCUCGCGCACGACGUCGCGUGCAAGUACGGCGCCAUGCAGCAGCUCUUCCUCUGGCUCUCCUUCACGGAGGUCAUCCUCUCCGCCGGCGUCGCCCAGAUGAUGUGGAUGGGCUCCCCGCGCGAGCCGGGGGACUACGGGCUCGACCCGCUCGACUUCUGCUCGACGCCCGAGAAGAAGGCCGACAUGAAGCUCAAGGAGAUCACCCACUGCCGCCUCGCCAUGUUUGCCUUCUCCGGCGUCGUCACCCAGGCCGUCCUCACGGGCAAGGGCUUCCCCUACUUCUGAGCGCCGCGCGCGGACGGCGCGCGGCGGCGGGCG